CUCUUCACUGCCCCACGAGGCCUGGGAGCCGCUUCCGGCUCGAGCCCUCGCCGCCUUAACGGCUUCGGCGGGCGGGGCGGGGUGGGGAGCGCCUGAGGUGAACUUUACAACCUGGGGGGAGACCUUCUCCCUCAGUUCCUCCCGCUUUCCCGCCCCCCCAACUCAGACUACCCGACUCCUUUCCCUGAAGGGGGCGGCAACGUGGGGCGGAAGUGACGCGACCUCGGCCGUCGCCUGGCUGUGGGCGGAAUCCAUUCCGGUUCCGGUCUGAGAGCCUGGAGGGAGAAAGCAGGAGGGGAGGGGGAGAGGCUGGUGGGGUCUCCCCCUCUUCGUCGCGGCUCCGAAGCGGCGGCCAUGGAGUUCCCUGGGGGAAAUGAGAAUUACCUGGCUAUCACGGGGACGACCCACCCUUUCCUGUCAGGGGCCGAGACUUUCCACACGCCAAGUCUGGGGGACGAAGAGUUUGAGAUUCCACCCAUCGCGCUGGACGCUGACCCUUCCUUGGCUGUUUCCGAUGUGGUUGGGCACUUUGAGGACCUGGGUGACCCCGUGACUGCCCCCGAUGCCACUUUCUCGGCCCAGUAUGGGGUUCAGGCCCUUGACAUACCUGUGGGCAUUAGCCAUGGCCUUAUGGAGCAAGGGGGCGGGCUGCUCAGUGGUGGGCUAGCCAUGGAUUUAGAUCAUCCCAUGGGAACCCAGUACAGCGCCAAUCCACCUGUCACCAUUGACGUGCCUAUGACAGACAUCAGCACUGGCCUCAUGGGGCAUGGGCAGCUGACCACCAUCGACCAAUCAGAGCUGAGCUCUCAGCUGGGACUCAGCCUGGGAGGCAGUUCGAUCCUGCCUCCCACGGCCCCGUCCCCUGAGGAGCGGCUUACACCCACCCCUUCACCCUCCAAUUCUCUGCAGGAGGAGGAGCCAGAAGAAAUCAGGCGGCAAGUUUCUGUCGCCAAACCAGCCCCACCUGCUUUGGUGGUGCCACCGCCUGUUGCAGCACCCGCGGUCGUGCUGGACAUCGGGAAGAAGCAGAAACCACCCAAGAAGCAGAAGAAAAAGAAAGAUCCCAAUGAGCCCCAGAAACCCGUUUCUGCCUACGCCCUCUUUUUUCGGGACACCCAGGCAGCCAUUAAGGGGCAGAAUCCCAAAGCCACCUUCGGCGAGGUCUCCAAGAUUGUCGCCUCGAUGUGGGACAGCUUGGGAGAGGAACAGAAGCAAGUCUACAAGCGGAAAACGGAAGCCGCCAAGAAAGAAUAUUUGAAAGCGCUAGCUGCCUAUCGGGACAACCAAGAGUGCCAAACCACGGUCGAGACGGUGGAUCUGGACCCGAUCGCCUCUCCUUCGGAACAGCCGGCCCCCGUUGUGGAAUCGGCUUCUCCCCCGGCCCCGGUGCUACCCAAUCCUCCGGCCCUGGAGAGCCCACCUCCUCCUCCUCCUCCUCCUCCCACGGUCGUUCCCGCCCAGCCCACGGUGGUGGUGACCUCCAGCGCCGGCCCCCAGUCGGCCGGCCAAACCAGCAUCACCAAGAUCAUCAUUCCCAAACAGAUGCUGCCGUCCUCGCUGGCGGUCACGUCGCAAGGAGGGGUGGUGACGGUCAUCCCCGCCACGAUGGUGACCUCGCGGGGGAUCCAGCUGGGGCAGUUGCAGGCCGGGACAGGCACCACCCAGAUUGUCACGCGUUCGGUUUUAGCCGCGGCCGCGGCGGCCGCUUCGUCCAUGCACCUGCCGCGGCUGCAGCCUCCCCCUCUUCAGCAGAUGCCUCAGCAGCCCCCCGCCCAGCCGGUCACCAUUCUCCAGCAACCCCCACCUCUUCAGGCCAUGCAGCAGCCGCCCCUGCAGCAGAAGGUGCGCCUCAACCUCCAGCAGCCCCCACCCCCCCUGCAGAUCAAAAUCCUGCCCCCGCCGGCCCUUCAGAUCCAGCCCCUUGCCCUGCGGACGGAAGACAGCAGCCCCGAGAGGCUCGGCACUGAGCUCCAAGCAUCUCCGGAGCCCAUCGACGUCGUGCCGGAGGUUGAGUCUCCAACGCAAAUGCACGUCGAGCUAGUCUCCGAAUCACCCAUGGCCAUGUCGCCCCGCCCUCGCUGCAUCCGUGUGGGCUGUGACAACCCUCCAGUGGCCAACAGCGACUGGGACAACGAAUAUUGUAGCAACGAGUGCGUGGUUAAACACUGCAGGGAUGUGUUCCUAGCUUGGCUGGCUUCCCGCAAUUCCAACAACAACGUGGUCUUUGUGAAAUAACCCUGCUCCUCCCCCAGUGCGUAACAACAGUGCUGGGGAAGGAAACGACAGUUGUUGUGUUCCCGAGCACAUUUCGCCCAAAGGACGACAACCAAAUCAAGAAGAAGAAAAAUCUCGCCGUGCAACUGUGGGGGGUGGGAACCCGGUUCUGGACACCUCAGCUAAAGAGCCACCAGCAAGAGAAAAUCCCAUCCCUUUUGUGGGGAGGUUGAGGAAACUGUGGAGUGGUACUGUCUCUCCCCUCUAUCUCUCUCUCUCUCUUUUUUUCUAUACAAAAUCUCUUUAAUGAUGUUUCUCUUGAUGGAGCAAUUAAAGCUGGAAGAGGAAUAUCGGCUGAAA